UCAUACAUUAAAAAAAUUAAGAAACAACAAACUAACAAAUAAAAUUAAGGAAAAGUAAAAUACAUAAAAUAAUAAAAGAUACAAAAUCUAAAAAAUACAUACAAACAAACAAACAAAUAAAAGUCAAAUAAAUAUUCAUGAAUGUUUGUGAAUAAAAAACUACUAUUUUAGAAGAAAAUUAUUUUGUGAUUAAAACGGUGUUAAUAAUAAUAAAAAUAUUUUAUUUUAUAUUUUAUGAAAGAAAAGUCUUUUAAAGACACAAAUCCUAGUAUAAAUAUUACAGUAAAUUUGUAUUAAAACAUCAUCAUCCAACAAUUUAGAUCAAGGCCAUACAUACAUCCAUCGUACACCUAUAAAACACUUCAUUUAGCUUCGUAUGCCUGGGCCACAAAUUUGUAACGUUAUUUAUUGCGGCUUAAUUUUGACCGUCAAUAGUGCCGUAUUUUCAUUUAAACGGUUAUCGAUUAUUUUAUGAUGGAACUGUUGUCUAACAACUCCUCGUUAUCAGCACAAAUGGCAUCGGCAGCUGGCAAUAAUGCAGCAUCGAAUGGCAAUCCCAAUAACGGCGCUACCACCGCCGAGCGACUAUUAGCAGGUAUUUUGGACUCAUUUCCUGCUUGGGACAUUGGCAGCGGCAUGAUGAACAACGAUGUUCGAAAUGAUUCACCACCUCGUAAUGAUUUCUUUUUCAACAACUUCCUUUCGUCAUUGGAAACACCACAAGAGUUUAGCAUUGGUGUAGCACCCAUAGGCAGUGGCAUGAGAGCACCCAAAAUGUCUCCGGAAUCGUCGAAUAACUCGAGUAUUAGUUGCAGUUGGUGUGAAGUUAAUGCUUCGAUUCGCUGCUUGGAAUGCAAUGAGUUCAUGUGCAAUGAUUGUUUAAGAGAACAUCGCAAAUCACCAUUAUCCUCUAAUCACUCCAUUAUCUCGUUGCCGACUCCGAUUGGCACUUCACCCACCGGCGGUAUGUCGACUAGCGUACCCAACAUUCCUUGUCCCAACUAUCUAUGCGAUCAACACAAUGAGAUGCUCCGUUAUGUUUGCGAAUACUGCAAAAAGUUGGUAUGUCAAUGUUGUACCCUACACGAGCACAAGGAGCACUGCUACUCCUCGAUCCAAAGCUUUGUGGAUGAAUCCAGGGAAAAGAUAGAAACAGCCUUGGAAAGUAGUCGCAUGGGUACUAAAUGUAUUAAGAGUAGCAUUGAUAAGGCUUUGGCUUUCAUACGUCACAUCGAGAGAAAUUGCGCUGAGUUAAGCGACAAUAUCCGCAAAGGCUUUCGUCAAUUUCUCAUUGCAAUUGAAGAUCGUGAACGUUUCCUUUUGGACUUUGUGGAGAAACUAAGACAGCGUCGUUUGGCCAUGUUACAUGAUCAAAUGGCUGGACUCAAAUCAGCUUUAGCUGGUUUAGCCGAAACUUCCGACAUGUUGCACAAAGUAGCCGAAAACGGUGGCCGUAUGGAUCACGUCGAUAUUGCCAUGAAAGUGACAAAUGGUCAAAGACAACUUGAACAGUUUGCAGCUAUUUACAAAGACUUACAGCCCAAACAAGAAGUAUUUGCUUUUGCUGCUCCCGAUUACUCUUUAUUGCAAGAUAUACGUAACCAAGGCGGCAUUGUUUUGGUGGAUGAGAAAAAUAUGCCCCUUAUGAAUAUCAGCGGAGGUACCAUUGUGGGUGGUAGUGCCGCUGUAGAGUCGGUGGGCACCGUAUUAUCAAUGGCUGGAAAUGGUUUAUCAAAUGGCGUAGUUCCCGCUAACAUGAGACGUCCACUUCUGAGAGACAAUUCUUUCCGUAAUCCUUCGCCGGUGAUGCAAGUAAGAGGCGGUAGUGCUUGUAGUAUGCCUAAUCCUGGUUUGGAUUGGGAACUUAGUGUAAUGCGCAGUUCGCCUGGUCUACACUUUGGUGCUCCUCGUUCAACACCCGCUAUACCUGGUACUACAGAACCCGUCAAGGCCCGAAACUCGAAUGCUUUAUCUCUCUCGUUUGCUACAGAAGGCCACGAAGAUGGGCAAGUUAGCCGCCCGUGGGGCUUGUGUGUAGACAAACUCGGACACAUUUUGGUCUCCGAUAGACGCAACAAUCGUGUUCAAGUUUUCAAUCCUGAUGGCUCUCUUAAAUUCAAGUUCGGUCGCAAAGGUGUCGGUAAUGGAGAAUUCGAUCUUCCCGCCGGUAUUUGUGUAGAUAUUGAUAAUCGCAUUAUAGUCGUGGACAAGGAUAACCAUCGUGUGCAGAUCUUUACAUCUUCGGGUGUAUUCCUACUGAAAUUUGGCAGUUACGGCAAGGAAUAUGGUCAAUUCCAAUAUCCUUGGGAUGUGGCCGUAAACUCAAGACGUCAAAUUGUCGUAACCGAUUCACGCAAUCAUCGUAUACAACAAUUCGACUCAGAAGGUAGAUUUAUACGUCAAAUUGUAUUUGAUAAUCAUGGUUCCAAUAAGGGCAUAGCCUCGCCGCGUGGUGUGUGCUACACACCCACCGGUAAUAUUAUAGUAUCCGAUUUUGACAAUCAUUGUUUGUACCUGAUAGAUCCUGAUAUAAAUGAGAUUUUAUCAGCCAAGGGUCACGAAGGUUCUGGUUUCCAGGAAUUUAAUCGCCCUUCAGGUAUAUGCUGCGACGAUGAUGGUCGCAUUAUAGUUGCUGAUUCCAAGAAUCAACGUAUUGUAGUAUAUAGUCCUACACUGGAUUAUUUAUGGGAUAUUGAAAUAAGACCUUCUUUGAAUCCCUUAAUGCCUCCUACUUUGGAUGAAAAAGAUCGUACUUGUGAUGUGGCCUUAAUGCCAGACGGUCGAAUUGUAUUCCUUAUUGAAUUAUCUCCCGACUCUAAAGAGGGAUCUAAUCCCUACAAACGUUUUGUACAUGUCUUCUAACGUUCAACAUAUCCGUCAUUGGGAUGGAUAAAUAAUACUACAAAUACCACUGCUGCUGUGGACACCAACUCAACGGCGGCAGUAGUGGCGGCAACAAUAUCAUCAGCGGCAUACACUUUUCAUGGGUAACAAUCCAAACAACAUAGAAAAUUAGAAAAUUCAUCGAUCCUCAAAAACAGAUGAUUGAUUCAAAAACAAAAAGAAACUUUUUAUUAGUAUUUAAGUUACAACGAUUACCUCGUUCAUAUAUUAUUUAGGGAUCAGUUAUAGUAUGAAUCAUACAUUCAGAUAUAGUUAAACAAAAAACACUCCAUUACUAAAUACUUUAACUCCAAACCAUAAAGAACAAAAACCUAAUACAUGACCAUCUCAUUUUUAAACUCACAUCACAUAUUGCACUCAUUAUAAUUAUUGUCGUUACGUUGUGCUAAACGUAACUCAAUGACGACCGAUAGCGACGAAUUCGCCACAAUUUGAAAUCGUUAUUUCUUACAUAAAUUAUAUUCGUGUUUGGUUUAUUCAUUUCAUCCAUAAAUUCAUUUAUACAUCUAUACGUGUAUUGUAAUAUUUUUUUAGUUUAUUAAUCCAAGAUUAAUUUCAUUUAUAAAUAGACUGAUAAUGAUAAAAACAAAGUUAAAAACUCAAUUUCAAACAGACUUUAAAAAGAAUGUUAUUAAAAGUUCAACCGAUAAAAUACACCGUUAUUAAACAAACAACUUACUUACUUACUUACUUACUUACUUACUAAAUAGCUUAAAAGCUAAAAAACAAAAAAGAAAACAAAAACACACAUUAAAACAAUAACUUUACACAGUAGAUUAUCAUUUUAUUUACCCAAAAACUGAAAAAAACUCUUUGCGUGAGACAAGAGAUACAAAGUGAAUAAAAAUUGCUGUGAAAGUUAAAUAAUAGAGAUUAAUAACUAAUUAUAACUAAAUAUUUUCUUUUUUAUAUGUUUUCAUUCUCAUUCUUCUUUUACUCUAUUACAUACUUAUUAUACUUGUUGUGUUUGUGUUUUACAUUAUAUUUUUUUUUACAAAAUUGAGAGACUGAACUCAAGGAAAUUAUUUUCAUAUGAUUUCAUUUUAUAUUUUAUUUAAUUUACGAAACUUAUUAAUUUUAUUUUUUUUAAGUAAGACUGAUUACCAAAGUGACUACAUAACACCGAGUAAAAACAAAAUGACACACAAAAAAUAAUUAAAUUAUAACAAAACAAAAACAAAUACUUACAAUAUAUGAAAAUAUUAUAAAAUAAAAUACAAAAAAUAACCCUAAAUACUAAGCAACAGCUAGAACUAAACUAAAUGAGAUGAAAAAAAAAAAUAAUUAAAUUUAAUGCAAAUUAACUAUUAAUUGAAAACUAAAUUUUCAAAGAAAAAAUUUAUAUUAAAUGUGUUCAUUAGUAUUAUAUAUAAUAUAAAUAAAACAAAAACAAACAAAUUAUUAGAUAAUUUUAAAACAAAACAACUAAAAAAAUAUUAUAAUUAUUAUAAUUCAAUAAAUAAAUUAAUAAAAAUAAGAGCAAUAAGGCAAAAUACUAAGGCAUUUCAUAAAUAAAACUAGGAUGGAAAAGAAUGAGUCAGUUUAAAUAACAAAAUAUAACGUGGUUUAUAAACAUAAACUAUAAAUAUGAAUACUAGACUGCUGCCAAGAAAUUUAUAAUUAAAAUAUAAUUCAAAGAGAAUCAAAAUAACAUAUAAAAAGAUCAAAACAUUUCCCAAUUUCCAAUUAUUUAUAGCAGCUAUGCAUAAACCUAACCUAACAUUUUUAAAUUGGAGCAGUCUUUUUGAACUUCUCUUUGAUGUUUAUAUUACACUAAAUUUCUCUUUAUUAAAUUGGAAAUUUUCAAAAUUAGUUCUUUUUGCAAGAAACAAACAUUGAUGGGAUGAAACCAUUAUUUAAAUAACUUAAAGGAUGAGAGAGGCAAAGAAAGUUCAUAACAAAUAAGCAAUAAAACUUAAAAGUAAACAAAACAUCAUCGACAUUUUUAUAUCACAAGAAUAUUAUUCUAAACAAUUAAAUACUUUGCUAACAAUUCUAAUCAUCUCUCUCUCCCUCUGGCCCAUCCAAACUCAUUUACAUUUUUUUUUUUUUUUCAAAAU